AUGAACCUUCGGUCUGUGCCAGCGAACCAGAUGGUGUUUGUGCUGGAAUGUGCAAAGGCUUUGUCAUUGAUUUCAAGGCUCAAUAUGUCGAAACUGCAUUCCGAGCAGAUUGCGAAGCUGUUUGAAGUGCUUGAGCCGCCCGUUUUCGUCGAGUCCAUGGGAUCGCGAUAUGAGGAUGUCUUAGUGUCGCUGGUGAGGCAAAUGUGGUCGAAGCGAGGAGGUCUUAGAGUCGCAGAAAUUGGUGUGCAUGAUGGACACACAUCUGAAAGGCUUUUGAAUGAGUUCGACGAAUUGCAGAUUCUGCUUGUGGAUCCUUUUGAAUUGGCUGAUGACAGCUACUUCCAAGAGCAUUCCUUGUACGAAGACCGUACUUCUGCUGCAGAGGCAUCUGAACGUUUAUGGGAGAAGAUGAAAUCGUUUCGCCAUAGGACAGUAUUGGUUUGGCAGAAGAGUCCAGGCGCUUCUGCUUGGGUUGCCGACAACUUGUUGGACCUGGUCUUUCUGGACGCUUCCCACAACUACGAGGCUCUUCGAGCCGACCUUGAUGCAUGGCUGCCGAAGCUACGGCGUUUUGGCAUCCUGGCAGGUCAUGAUUACAGCCUCUUGUGGCCGGGAGUCUGUAGGGCAGUGCGAGAAUUUACGGAGACCAACCAAGCCUCACUGAAUCUGGGGCCCGAUGGCCUUUGGUGGGUGCGAGUGUAA